AUGGCUUCCCCACUCCUUUCACUCCUCUUCUUCCUCCACCUCCUCCAAUCUUUCGCCGCCGCCUCCACCGCCGCCACUGCUACCGCCUUCGACUUUCACGAAGCCACCAUUCUCGACAUCCAAGCUGCCUUCAACGACGGCAGCCUCACUUCCCAACAACUCGUCAUCCACUACCUCGAACAAAUCAAAAUUUUAAACCCUUAUCUCCGCGCCGUCAUAGAAAUAAACCCUGAUGCCCUCUACCACGCAAGCCGCGCUGACCAAGAACGAAAAGACGGCUCUUUUCGCCACCCUCUCCACGGCAUCCCCAUCCUCCUUAAAGACAGCAUUGCCACCCGCGACCGCCUCAACACCACCGCCGGCUCCUUCGCCCUCCUCGGCUCCAUCGUCCCUCGCGACGCCCGCGUCGUGAAACACCUCCGCCUCACCGGCGCCAUCAUCCUCGGCAAGUCUACUAUGAGCGAGUGGGCCCAUUUCCGGUCAACUAAAUCCCCGAAUGGGUGGUGCGCGAGAGGUGGGCAGGGGAGGAACCCUUAUGCGGAGAAGGAGGACCCGUGCGGGUCGAGCAGCGGGUCGGCGAUUGCCGUGGCGGCGAAUAUGGUGGCGGUUUCGCUUGGCAUGGAGACAGAUGGGUCAAUCCUCUGCCCGGCAGCGAAGAACUCGGUGGUGGGGAUUAAGCCGACGGUUGGGCUGACGAGUCGUGCCGGAGUGAUACCGAUUUCACCGAAACAGGACACGAUUGGGCCGUUCGGCCGAACGGUGGCGGACGCGGUGACAGUGCUGGAUGCCAUCGUGGGGUUCGAUCGGCGCGACGCUGAAGCCACUUCAGCGGCAGCGAGGUUUAUUCCGUCUGGUGGAUUCCGGCGGUUCUUGAACUUGGACGGGUUGAAGGGGAAGAGAGUGGGGAUUCUGCGGCGAAAUUUUUUUGAUUUCGCAGCAGGAUCCAUGAAAGCUACCACCUUUGCGGCGCAUUUUGAAACCAUGAGGCAACGAGGAGCAAUAUUAGUAGACAAUCUGGAGUUGGCAAAUGUGACACUGAUGCUUAACCAAAUUGAAAGUGGUGAGGUGACACAACUCUUAGCUGAUUUCAAGCUCUCGCUGAAGACAUACCUCCAAAAUCUAGUAUCCUCCCCAGUCAGAUCUCUUCAUGACAUCAUAGCAUUCAACAACAACCACUCAGUUGAGGAAAGAACGGAAGAGUUUGGCCAAGAUAUUUUAAUGGCAUCUCAGAAAACGAAUGGAAUUGGUGCAGUUGAGCGUGAAGCAAGGAAUAAAAUGGAUCAGCUCUCGAAUGAGGGAAUGGAGAAGCUGAUGAAGGAGAACAGAUUGGAUGCUAUAGUAUUCCCAGACGCUUUGGCAUCAUCGGCUCUAGCUAUUGGUGGCUAUCCAGCUAUAAGCGUGCCAGCGGGCUAUAGUGGCUCUGGAGCUCCUUUUGGCAUUUGCUUUGGUGGAUUGAAGGGUUCGGAUCACAAGUUGAUUGAGAUUGCUUAUGCUUUUGAGCAAGCUACAAGAAUCCGUAAGCCACCAACUCUAAUGGUAUGA